CCUGAACGAACUCCACCUCAUCGCUCCGUUUCCGUAUAAUAAUCCUUCUGUUUCUCGGUAGAGUUUGGGGUGGCUUUUUAAUGUGGACUCUGUAAGAGAUUGGGAUCUAGGAUUGCAUAUUACUGUAGAUCACGCAAGACCAAGGCAGGCAGCAUGAAGCUCACCCUAGCCUCUCUCCUACCAGUGGUAGCUGUCGCAGGACGGCUGUCACAGAUUCCAUUCCAGGAAACACCCGAAGUCGAGGCCUUCCAGGUCUACCAAAGCGAAUAUUCGGAACACCACUCCCUACGCAUCAAACAACAACAAAACGACUCGCUCUGUGAUGCGCAUUCGAAGCAGUACACCGGGUGGCUGGACGUGGGCUCAAAACAUCUCUUUUUCUGGUAUUUUGAGUCGCAGAGCUCGCCGUCCGAGGACCCGCUCGUUCUGUGGCUGACGGGCGGGCCGGGCGGUAGUUCAAUGAUUGGCAUGCUCCAAGAAAAUGGGCCUUGCUUGAUCGAUGAGGGCGGAAACGGAACGCAUUACAACCAGUAUGGCUGGAGCAAAAACGCGAACCUGCUCUUCAUCGAUUCGCCGGCUGGCGUCGGGUUCAGCUACGUAGACGAAGGAAUCCCUCUACCAGGCGACAGUUUCACGACUGCAGCGGACCUACACCACUUUCUGCAAAUCUUUGUUGGCGACGUCUUCCCAGACCUUGCAGAAAGAGACUUCCACAUCACCGGUGAAUCCUACGGCGGCCACUACUGCCCAGCUCUAGCCGCACAAGUAGUCUCCCAGAACAUCCUAUAUCCUAAACGCCAGCAAGUGAAUCUCCGCUCCAUCUUCGUCGGCAACGCCUAUGUGUCGCCCGUCGACACUGCUUUUGGCUAUUGGGAAACGCUCUGCACCACCAACCCCGGCGUCGAAGAACCAGUCUUCAAUAAAACCCGCUGCGACAUCAUGGCCUCUAACCUUCCUCGCUGCCUCGACCUUGCCCGCCUCUGCUACGCGCACCCGGACCCCGCCAUAUGCGCCGCUGGCUCAACCGUUUGCUGGGACGGUGUAAUCAAGUACUACGACGGCGAGUCCGGCGAAGGCGGUGACCGCAACCGUUUCGACAUCAGCACACCCUGCAAGUCGGGGGACGACCUGUGCUACCUUGAAGCUCAGUGGAUAGAGGAAUACCUUAACCGCCCCGAAGUCUUCGAGGCGUUGCACGUACCCAAAGCCGUUGCGAACUACAGCAUCUACAACAUGAACGUAGAGUACGCCUUUGAGCUGACCGGCGACCAGGGCAUCAGUCUCCAGCCGCAAGUUCUGUACCUGCUUGACAACGGCAUCGACGUGUUGUUUUACCAGGGCAACUACGACCUUGCAUGCAACACUGCGGGCAACAUUCGAUGGGCGGAAUCGAUGCCAUGGAAGGGACAGCCAGAGUUUGUAGCGCAGCCGAGGAAGACAUGGAAGCAUGGUGGGAAGGAGGUGGGGUGGUUCAAGGAGGUUAAGGUUGAGACAGCAGGCGGGAGGGAGACGACGUUUGCGGUUACCACGGUAGAUGCUGCGGGGCAUAUGGUCCCGUAUGAUAAGCCGGAGGAGGGGUUGGCGCUGGUGAAUAGGUGGAUUAGCAAGAGGAGCUUUGCAUGAGUGGGUAUGGUUAGGGCGACGCUGGAGAGAGUGGUCUCAUUUGAGCGUCAAUGUGGUGUUCGUGAUGUAGGCUCUGGCCAUAUACAUAAGCCUUCGAAUGCACAGAAGCGCAGUGUUCAUUCAGACUUUUGCUGCUGUACCUGCCACAG